CCAGCAGUGGGAGGAAGGGAGAGAGCAGAGCAACUUGCAGUCUACACACUCAGCUUAGAGGAAGGAUCGGAAAAACUCUCUCACCUUUACAGAUAUUCUCACACAGACACACACAGUUCCUCCAAACCCAGGCUUUGACUGUUUUACUAAGGAUUUAUUUCUGCUUCUUGACAAGCGUUUUGCUUCCUCUCAUGUGAAGCAAAGUAAACUUGAUGCAGAAGAGAAACUGGAAGGACGACUCAGAGGGAAAGAAGACCGAGCUGGACUCACACGCACAUAUUUCCUUUUGCCGAACUGUGAGCUUUUUGGUGGAAGGAUGAUGCGUCUUGCGCUACUGUGCGACUCUCCACACGAGAACAGCUCUGCAGUGAGGGGCGUUUCCCCGCAGGCCCAGUGACUCCCACCACUGCGUAUGCCUUCAGCUGAAUGCAGAAAGCCUAGGAUGGAAGUCCCAGUAAGUGCUGCUCUGAGGCACUGCAACACCACUCUUAACCUCCAUUUUCUUACCUCCGCCAAAAACACUAAAACAACCAGCUGCUCCACCUGCAUGUCCAACCAGACAAGAACCACUAACGGCUGACCAAAUUCCAGGAUGUUUCUGAAUUUCCGCCGGAUUCGAAAAUGCCAGUUUGUGCAGGUGAUGACCACCUGCCUGGUGCUCUCAGUGGUGAUGGUUUGCUGGGAGCAGCUGGAUCACAGUGUCGUCAGCCACAUCAAGUCCUACUCCUUUCGCUACCUGAUCAACAGCUUCACCUACAUCAACAGGAGCCUCACCAUUCCACGUGAACAGGCCAGCUAUUUCAGCAACUUUAGCUACCUUUUAGACCACCCGAAUAAGUGCGCCGAUAAGGACGUCCUCCUGCUGCUCUUUGUCAAAUCAUCCCCAAAGAAUAUAGAGAGAAGAAACGCCAUCAGAGCCACCUGGGGUAACGAAACCUACAUCCAAAACACGUUGGGGGUGACAGUCAAGGUGUUGUUUGCUUUGGGAGCAAUUCAGACUAAGCAGAAUGAGCUUUCACAGAGCAGCAGUGACAUCAACUACCAGAAGCAGCUCAUCAAGGAGGAUCAUCUUCAUGGUGAUUUGAUCCAGAAGGACUUUUUGGACUCCUUUCACAACCUCACCCUGAAGCUGAUCCUGCAGUUCCACUGGAUGCACAGUCGCUGUGCUCACGCACACUUCUUCAUGACUGCUGAUGAUGACAUCUUUGUCCACAUGCCCAACCUUGUGAGCUACCUGCAGGACCUGAACAGCAAAGGUGUCACAGACUUCUGGAUAGGCCGAGUGCACAGAGGGGCACCGCCCAUCCGCAGCAUGGACAGCAAAUACUAUGUUCCCUUUGAGAUGUACCAGUGGCUGUCUUACCCCGAUUACACUGCUGGGGCAAGCUAUGUCAUCUCCAGUGAUGUAGCAGAUAAAAUAUACCAUGCCUCGCUGACCCUGAAUGCAUCUCUUUACAUAGAUGAUGUGUUCAUGGGCAUCUGUGCCAACGCCAUGGGUGUGUCACCACAGGAUCAUGUAUAUUUCUCCGGGGAGGGCAAGGCACCUUACCACCAGUGUAUCUAUAAUCAGAUGAUAACGUCACAUGGCCAUGUGGAGGACAUUUACGACCUGUGGAAGGCGGCAACAGACCCACAUGUUAAACAGACAGCCUCUGGACUGUUAGGGAGGCUGUACUGUACAGUCAUAAAAAUAACUCUCCUCUGUAGACCCUACUAUGCCACCUACCCUUGCAAAGCAGCAUUUUUGUAAUAUUAAGCUUUUUGUAUGUGCCAGUGUGUUACUGAAAGAGAAAGAGUGUGUUAUAGCAUAGAUCAGUGGUUCCCAACCUAAUUUCCUUGAAGAUCACCUUCAUGUACCAACCAAAAAACUGUGAAGAUGAACUUCUCUACUAUCAUAGCUCCACCAGAUCACUGACCUCACUAAACCACACAUUACAUAGACAAAAAUUGAUGCAGACGGUGUGGCUUAUUAAGGGUAACUAAGGCUAUAUGUCUAACCUCCACUCAAAGUUUGUGUUUUAAGGCUCUCAAACAUUGGUCCUAUGUAGACAAAAUGUCUAAAUGAUAAAAAAAAAAUCAACUCAUCUGUAUGGACAUGGUAGGGUCUCUUUACAGGCAAAGCCUUUUGAACCCUUUGUGGUUUUUGAGGAUCCCAGGCUGGGAACCACUAGUGUAGAUCCUGAAGAAAUGAGGAUCAUUUCUGCAAUUACCUCAGUCCUUCAGUUGGACAUCUAUUUCAAAGCACUGUGUUCUGUGUAGCAGAAGACGCCAGACAAGAAACCAGACUAUCAGCAGCACUGUUAGCAUGGAAACCCUGCAGGACUGCGGCCCUCGUAGGCCCGAACGGAGUAGCCCUGCUUUAAAAUGUGGAAAAAACAGAAAAGGGUGACAGUGUUUCUCACAGACCAGGUAGCAAUUUGUGGCACUCCCCUGGCGCUCAUGAGGGAGUCGAGUGUCGUGGUGAUCGGUGGAGUCGGUCAUCAGUGUGUGCUAUUCAAACACACACUUUCUUGGCUGCCAUUUUAAAUAUACACCUGCAAACUCAGCUAUUGUUCUUCAGAGUCACCUGCUGAGACAAUUUUAAAACUACAAGAAGCAUUUGAAAUUAUUCAGCUCAAUCUUAAUUCUUUAUAGUAAGUUCUUGAAAUAUUUUCACCUUAUAACGUGAUUUUUUAAAACUUGAAACAUAUUACAUUAUAACAUGAUAGUUUUUUGUUAAAACUUGAAACGUAUCACAUUAUAAUGGGAUAAUUUAUUUUAAAAAUGUGAAACGUACCGCGUUAUAACAUGAUAAGUUUAUUGUUAGAACAUGAAUCAAAGUAGCCUGUACUGUAUGCAGAUGCGACCUAUAUUGGAACAAAACACAUUUUAUGAAGAAUAUUCUUGUCGAGCAGACAUAUUUCAGUUAUUUUUGUCAAUGACUAAUCGUUCUACUCUGGUUUAUUAUUGUACACACAGAAAUGUGAGGCAGUUACGAGCUACACGGUACGUCACCUGCAUGUGCACAGUGAGACGUUGCGUGUCUGAGUUGCCAUAGAGUGUGUGUGCUGCUUUUAGUUAAUAACAUGAACCAGUAAAUACGCCUCUCUUCUGAAAAUAAAAUUGAAAAUUAUAAAGGCUAUAUGCACCGCUGGGACUGGGAGAAAAAAGAUGUCAACACAAAGACAAUGAACCAUUUUGGAUGCAAUUGUUGUUUUAAAACAGAAAAUACGUACCGGAACUGAAGUGAACCAUAAAAAGAGCUCCGACCUGCUGAGUUUACCAGAUAUUACCCCUGCUGCCACCUUCAGAUUAGAAGGACAAACUGCAACACGACACCAAAAUGACGCGCACUCCCUACUCUCAAGUACGAGAAGAAACUCACCAGCGUCAGCUACGCCUAACCAACCCACGCAGACGUCCCGCGAGCAUAAAUCCGCCUUGUGUUUUCUUUUGAUAGGCCUCAUGCAUUGUGCGUGGAGAGGAGGAGCGAGCGAAUCAGCUGUCAGUGUGUGUGCGUGUAUCGGUGAUUCACGCUGAGUGGUUGCGAGUCACCAAUAAAGUUAAUAAAGACAUUUCUUAAAAUAUUUAGAUUUUGUAAUUGAGACAACAUCAAUUAGACAUCCCUGUGAUUAACUGCUCAAACAUUUUAUUUAAGCUAGUGGGAAAUCUUUAUUUAUUGUGAAUGUUAAGCCAUUAUUAAUAAUUUUUCCAUGAAUGCUGAAGUGCAUCAAAAUGGUAGCUUGAUACCUUUGUUUGUUUAAAUGCAUACGGAUCAGAGAUGUCAGUUUCACGUUAGCCAAUAAGGCUGUGAUUAAGCUCACCAGGAGCAUUUUAAAAUAAGUGGUCAGGAGGCGGAUGAGAUACAAUAUUUUAAUAUUAAUACUUACGAAUGGACAAUCCGAAUGGACAAUGCGCACCACUGGCACAUGUGCAAAGCUCUCUCUUUCCCUCUUUCUCUCUGUCUCUCACUGUUUGUGAAUGCAAGCAAAAUUAUGGGGAGAAAAUAUGAAAGAACAGACCUAUAAAUAUUUUUUAAAUUGUGUGUGUUUGGGGGGUGGUAUCUGUGCUGCUUGGAGUUGACACAUUGUGGGAAACCCUGGUUUAGAACGAAGUACUGUAUGAAUGUCGUUCUCACAAAUGGGAUUGACAUUGGCUGACUAUGCAUUUUUUCUUUGUGUUGUCUCACUUCCAGUACACAAAAGGAUAAAACUUACAUUAUUUGUAUAAAACUACCACAACUUUUCUCUAUCAACUUUUUUAAUCUAGUUUAAUUUAACUUCAGUAAAAGGAAAAAGAAAGGGGAAAAAAAGAAAUAGAGAGGUCUGUUUCUAACACAUAAUAUGUGAAGUAGAAGUAUGGCAUAGCCUGAAAAUGUCUCGUCAUGAAGUGGAAAAUUAGAAUAGAUGAGUAACUGGAAAAAAAAAAGCCUUGUGUUUGGAAAAGACAUAAUUAUUCAGUGAUGAAUAAUGUGAUUAAAAAAAAUUUAAAAAUGUUUUUUAAUGAAUUAUUUAAUUAAUUAAAAUUUGCAACCUGCUUAACUGUUGUUAAGAGUAUUUUGUAUUAAAGUUUGUGGUUGGCUGGCAAACACAGAUAACGAAACACAAACGAUUAAAAAUCUCUUUCUAUGGUUUGUACGCAUACAUUUAGAGGUGUGAUUGCCUGCCUUUCCAUCUCCGAUGGUUUAAACAGGAAGUUUCUGCCACAAACAAACCAUUCAAAGUCCACAUGCCCUAGAAAAAAGAAUUACACCAUGACCAUAUUUUUCCGCAUUAGAAAAAAUGCAGCAAGACAACACUUUUAAAGCUUCCUCAAAGGGCAGUCAAGCCAUUUAAUGUUACACUACCAUAAAAAUGUCAAAUAAACAGUCGAAACUACUGCAGUGCUGGCUAACAGAUAACAAAGUACAAUUGUUAGGACUUCAGUUAAACUGAAAAGCUACUUUCAAGUAGCAACUCUCAGACAGUUUUAUGGAGACAAGGAAGGUCUGUAAAAUAUUUUUUGCAUAAUAUGCUGACAUGCUGCUUUUUGUAACUUGUCCUGUCCAGCAUCAUAGUAGGGAAAAUGACGGUCUGGCUACCGUGUGUGUCCUAAGAGGAGCUUUGUGGAUACGAGGCUCCUCAGGAUACUUAAAUAUUAUUUAUUCUAAUUUUGUUUUUGUUGAAUUUACAUAUUAAUGCUGGACAUGACAGAGGGGACAAAACAAAGGAGAGUGAACACGA